AUGGCUGCUCCUUCCAGCUUUGGUAGAGAAGGGGAGAAGGCUAAGUUGGCUUAUGAGGCAAAGUUAUUAAAAGGUUUUAGCAGGUUUGAGCCGAGAAAGCUUGGACAAGCUCUUGUAAUAGGAUGCUCAAUGGUUAUGGUCACCUUCUUUCUAAUGUUGGGGCCAUCAGUCAUUCCUUUCAAUAAGUUUGAAGGUAUCAUGAAUGGUGAGACUCGAGAUGGUGACCCAGCUUUUAACCAAACAUAUGAUCUAUGCCAGCAGAAGGGAGAUUUGAGCAGCGAAGGCCAUGUCAUUAAUCAUUUAUUAUGCACAAGAAAUGUGACAGAAGAAGCAGACAUGAAACCAGUCUGUGAUUUUUCAGACAUGAGAUCAGACAUUUGUGAGCUAAAAGGCAAUAUCAGAAUCCGUGGGAACUCAUCAACCAUUCUCUCUGAAAUUAGUACUUCACAGAGAGAACAAUCAUGGACUAUCAAGCCUCAUCCUCGCAAAGGAGAUCUAACAGCAUUACAACAUGUAACAGAAAUGUCUGUAAAAUUAUCAUCCAAUAAAGAAGAACUCCCUUCCUGCUCUAUCAACCAUACCAUCCCAGCCAUUUUCUUCUCCGCUGGGGGUUACAUGGGAAACAUUUUCCAUGACUUUACAGACAUUCUUAUCCCUCUCUUCAUCACAUCAACCAGUUUCAGAACAGAAGUUCAGUUUCUGAUAAGCAAUGUGCAGCCAUGGUGGUUAGCCAAGUACAAACCAUAUCUCCAGCAGCUCUCUAAGUAUGAAGUAAUCAACUUUAAUAAGAUUGAAAAUGUUCAUUGUUACCCACAUGUGAUAGUUGGUCUUAGGAAGCACAAGGAGAUGAGUAUUGAUCCUUCAAGAGCUCCAAAUUCAUAUUCAAUGGUCGAUUUCUCUCAAAUAAUGAAAAAAUCAUAUGGAUUAGAGAGACAAGUAGCAAUAAAACUAAGAGAUAAUCAGGCUAAGAAGCCAAGGCUUUUGAUCAUAGCGAGGAAAUUCACUCGUUCUUUCAUGAACAUUGAUGAAAUAGUAAGAAUGGCCGAAGAUUUAGGCUAUGAAGCAGUGGUUGCUGAAGCAAAAGUUUCUUCUAAUCUUGUUCGGUUCUCACACAUUGUUAACUCCUGUGAUGUGAUCAUGGGAGUUCAUGGAGCUGGGCUUACUAAUCUAGUUUUUCUUCCAAUUAAUUCAGUUGUUAUACAAAUAGUUCCUUUGGGAGCAUUGGAGAAUAUAGCUUGGAUUGAUUUUGGAAGACCUGCAUUUGAGAUGAAGCUAAGGUAUUUACAGUAUGUAAUAAGUGAAGAAGAGAGUACUUUGAUAGAGCAAUUUGAUAGAGAUGGACCUGUCUUUAAGGAUCCUGGUUCAAUACAUAGACAAGGGUGGCUUGCAUUGAGGAAAAUUUAUUUGGAUCAUCAGAAUGUGAGGCUUGAUGUGAAUAGGUUUAAGAGUGUUUUGAUUCAAGCUAUUCAAUUUUUACAUUAG